AUGGCUCGUACAGAGUUGGAAGAGUGGGAUGUGUUUGGCAUUUUUGACGGCCUCCCGCCACCCCCCACCACACAUCUUACAGUCCGGCAGUAUGUGAGUCUUGUGCAGCGGAUUGGGCAAUGCCUUGGGAUAAGUGACAUCUUCUUCCGCUUUAACCUUCCGUUAGCGGGAAAUGAUGAUGGUGAUGAUGUUGCACUGAAUGCAUGUGGCCACCCACCUGUAUGCGCGCACUUGGCUCGUGAAGAAGGGCUUCAUGCGAUGAGGCAUCCAGAUUUACUCCCCACGGUUGCAUGUGAUGAUGUAAACAUGGCGGUGCACGGGCCACCGCAUGUACAUUGUUUAUUCUGCCUGCAUGAAACACAAAGGACGCACCUUCCGGUGGUUAUUCCGGAUUUGCGUCAGAAUAUCCUUGGCCACUGCAUGUGUCAUUUGCGGAAGCGAAAUGAAUGUUUGGCUCUACUCGAAGGAGAGGCGGUAGCCCACAUGGGUGAGAUAGGAUGGGGAGUAGAUCUCUCGCUGGAGGCGCAGCGGGGGGAACUGGAAAAAAAGGCAGAAUGUGAGGGACGACAUGGUUGUUUUAUUGCUUCUGCCAGCACUGCAGCCUGCCCUAUUGUUGUGACGUACUGUGCGCUGUGUGACCAACUGGCUCCGUUGGCGACAUUUGUUACAGUACCGAAGGAAACGGAGCAUGACGGUAACAAAAAAGACAACGAGCAACGACAAGGCUUGGAGGAGGAGGAGGAGGAAGAAAAAGAAGAGGAGGCGAAAAGUAUGGAAGAAGCUGAACUUAUACUGGCACGUAUUUUGUUGGCAUGUGAAGUGCUAUAUUUGCUGAGACGCGAGAGAGCUCAGGCAGGGCGUGUGUCAUUGCCUCACGUGCAACAGGAGAAGUACAUUUUCCUUGCGACACCACUUCUUUUUGGUGAGGAUAGAGAGGAGCUUACGGAUGCCUUUGAGAGUGGGGCGAUGGCCACGUACGGUUCCGUCAUUCUUCCAAUGGCAAAUGUGAGUGGCACACCAGAGGCGCCGCGUUUUUGCCUGAUGAACAGAGAAGCAACCGUGCAUUUUCUGCGGGGCCAGCUUCCACCGUACCAGUUCACCGAUGCGGUUGUGGGGUUUGUGAUGGAGUGGCCCACGGAGGCGGAGACGAACGAGAAGGUUGAGUGGGUGCUGCGGCACGAUGGCGGCCUCAACGUGCAGCGGCGUUUGGUGUACGUGGAGGACAGAGACGAGUGGGUAAUUGCACGUGUGUUUUACCACCAAGAAACGGCAUCUUUGGAGAAGUGUAGCGAGAGUAGAGUGGACCGCAUGUAUGGCGGUAGCCUUCGCUUGCGGAAGGAUUGCAGUGUCGUCAAGAUGGUACCGGUAUCACUCUUGCAGCAGUACACACUUCAAGACCACUGUGGAAGAGAGGACAUGGCUCCUUGCAUGAAUAAUGAUAAUAACGAGAUGGAAAAUAAGGUCGAUGCCAUUGUGAUGGAGGAGGAGGAGGAGGAACCAAUGGGUUGCCCGUACAGUAUGGAAGCCAGAGCAGUCCAUUUCUUUGCAGGCAUGACGGCGUUGGCCAAGGCGAUGAAGAUGGUGGCAGACCACGUGAAGGAGCACCAGCCGUAA